AUGGUGGAAGAGGACCAACUACAAGGGAAAGGAAAGGAAAAGAUCAUGCCUCACAAAAGGAAUGAUUUUAGGUCGGAACGAUACAGCAAUAACCAUCCGAGAAGAGAUUUUGCGGGGCAAUCUGGGUCAACCAACAUGCAAGCGGUUAACACCGUAUUUAGAGAACCGGUACAACGGGUUUUGGAGAAGGUCAAGAAUGAGCCAUUCUUCAAAUGGUCGAACAAAAUGGCCAGAGACUCCUCAAAGCGCAUUAGAGUUUGUAUUGUCAAUACCACCAAAGACUGCAGGAACCUAUGGAACCACCUGAAUCAGCUGGUUCGAGAAGGAAAAUUGCGGCACCUGUUACAUCCUUCCAGCGGUCAUCCGGGUCAGGCAAACCAAGAACCCCGUAGAGACAUAUCUCUAAGACCUUCCAUGGGCACGAUAAAUGUCAUCCUUGCCGCUCCAGGAAGAACCGACUAUUUUCCCUCCAAGGUAAUGUCUGUGGCUCGGCUCUCCACCGAGGACAAUGAUCGGGAAUCCAAAAGGUCUAGGAAGGGAGCCUCACCUGUGCUGGGAUUCUUGGACGAGGAUAAGAUCGGAACCAUCCAACCCCAUGAUGAUGCUUUGGUAGUUACACUUAGGAUUGGGGGGUUUGAUGUGAAGAGAGUACUAGUAAACCAGGGCAGUGCUAUGGAAGUAAUGUACCCUGAUCUGUACAAAGGGCUGAACCUAAAACCCGAGGACCUAAAAGCAUAUGACUCUCCUUUGGUAAGUUUCGAAGGGAAGACUGUUACACCAAAAGGACAAAUCAGAUUGCCUAUACAGACUGGUUCAAAUGUGGUGAAGGUGGAUUUUAUCGUGGUCGACGCCUACUCACUGUACACGGCCAUAGUGGCCAGACCUUGGCUCCACGCCUUGGGAGCCGUUUAUUUUACACUUCACCAGAAGGUAAAAUAUCCAUCAGAGGGCCGAGUAGAGCAAAUUAUAGGAAAUCAAGCCAUGGCUAGACAAUGCAUAGUGGCUGCCAUCUCACGCCAAUCCAACGCAGAACCCUCGGCUCCUACAAGAAAGGACUUAUAG